UACUCCAACAAGGCCACACCUCCGAAUAGUGCCACUCCCUGGGCCAUGAGUAUUCAAACCACUACAGAAUUUUAGGCAUUUUCUAUUGUUUCAUCCCUUCGGGAUAAUAAUAUAUUUUAGCUGCAGGUGUCAUAAUUUUAUAUGAGUAGACCCUCAGAAAUGGAAGGGACACUGAUUUUACUUGUUGGUGCAGGAGACCCAAGACUCGCCUCGUCCCAACCCUAGCUCCAGGAGUAUGUAACUCCAUUCUCAUAGUUAUUGAGACACCUAUUGUGGAGUCUGAAAGUAUUAUUUAAAAUGGAUGUUACAUAUAGCCACUUUGGUAUUCAAGAACGCUGAUCAGGUAUAAGGAAUGAUCCAGCAUAUUCAUGUUUCCUAUUGUCCCCAUUCCUUGUCUAAAUUAUAAAGGCAGUUUGACAAUGUUCCAUGAAGUCUAACCAUAGUAAAAAAAAAAUCCAUGUUAAAGAAAUUAACAUUCUCAUAAAUGACUUUUUUAUUGAGGAGAAUAAAAGCCCACCCUGAAUAUAACCCAUGAAACUCAGAAGAUGGGGAAAUGAGGAUGCUCCGAAAUAGGUUACAGUCGUCCCUCUAAAUCAUCCCUUCAUGCUCGGUGACAAGAAAGUACCAAGGCAAUUUGGCUGGUUAAGAAAUUUAUAUAUGAGCAUAAUAUUAUGGCACCGAAACAAAGGGCAUACUUUUAAACAUAUCUGCAUUUCAAAGCUUUAGAAAUAAUUAAAUAUUCCAAUCUCAUGAUGAAUGGAGCAAUAAAGGCUUUAUGUGAGUUUUUGCAUACUCAAUUCAAAUCUAUUUUUUGCAUCUUAUGAAACUCUUUUAUUAUGAUGAACUCUUUUGGAAAUCCCUUUUAACGCCCAUCCCCUAAGUCCUACUUUAAAAUGUUUAUGUUUACAGAGUGCAUAAUUAUGUAGUGUAUUAAUGAAGAAGACAGUGACAUGCAUCGGAUCUCUACAGGAAUAGUAGUGAAUCUGGAAUAAUGUGGAAAACAGACAGUGUGCCCAUGGGAAAUCCAAUAUGCUGUAUGUCCAUCUUUUCCUUGUCAGCCUAUAAAGGAGGGAGGGAGCAUAGUGACAGGGAAAUGGUAGUUGACAGGUUCAAACAGGAAGUAAAAGUGGUUAAUUUGUAGAUCUCAUUAUUUUCCAUGUAAGUUAUAAACUAAUUUCAAUUGUGUCUGUGAGGUCGGCUUCAGAGGCUGUGAACUUGAUGGAAUGCUUUCAUCAUUCCGUCAGGUUUUAGUGACAUUUCAUUUCAGAUACAGGGCUGUGGAAUUAAACCAAAAAGUAGAGUCAAAAAAUGUUAGAAUAGCUAUAAUAGACUCAAAUUUAAAUAGGUGUAUGGAUGAAAAGUGCUUCAUUUUUGUUUGAUGAGAGGAUCAGUACAGACCGUAAAGUAGAAUUAGUAAAUAAUUCCAUCGGUAAGCAUAAAUACUAAGCGAAGAUGUUAAGAGAGAUGUUGGCUGAUAAAGAAUAUGUGGUUGGUAUACAAUGGUUCAGACUAGAAUCAUGUCAUGUAUAUAUAAAUAUUGAACCUGAUCAUUAAAUAGUCUCUUAGGUCUGGCAUCUCAAAGGGUUUCUAAUGACCAGCUUUAUUUCCCCCAGCUAUCGCUGUAAUAAUUGUACCUUGUUAAAGUCAGCUCCUACCAUGUGGGGGUGGGAACCCCUAGACUCAUGGCUUGCAGACAUGAAGAACAACAGCAGGCACACAGUGGGUGGGCUGACUUGGGAUAUUGUAGAAUUCUGUCCUCAAAAUUGCAGCCUGUCAGAGAUGAAGGUUUGACACAGCUGAGGAAUCUUGCCUUAAGUUAUAACUGAAGAGUGUGAAAGUCCCUCACAUUCAAAGUUUCUAGUUCCCAGCGUCCAGCAGGAAAGGCUGUGAGUACUUAAGGUUCAGAAGGUUUCAACAUUGGUGGUCGAUGAUGGGGUGAUGCACCUGAAAUUUCAUAAGGAAGAAAGCUGACUUGCAAAUGGCCUGGUGUUCCUUCUCAGUAGCUGGGAGACAAAGGUAAUGGUUAAAUAUUGAUGUAUUUUUGGUUUUAGCUUUCCUUUGCUAUAGAAUAAAAAACUGAAUACUCAAAAAGUAUGACUGAGCUAUGUUAUUUGAAGCUUAUUCUUUUUAUUGAGGGAUAUAACAUUCAUUUUUAUUUUCUUUGCUCUGUGUGUGUGUGUGUGUGUGUGUGUGUGUGAGUGAGAGAGAGAGAGAGAGAGAGAGAGAGAGAGAGAGAGAGUUUGUAUGUGUGACAGCAUGUAUGUGUAGAGGUUAGAAGCCUACAUGUGAGAGCAUGUUCUUUCCUUCCAUUGUGUGGGUGUGGCAUGUUGACUUCAGGCCAUGAGGCUUGGUGGCAAAGGUUUCUACCCACUGACCCACCUCCACAGCCUGAGAAUUAAUAUUAUUUUUAAAAAAGAAUAAUAGGCAAUAAAAGUAUUUCAUUUGUUUUAAUAUUUGUAAGUCUUAGUUGUUAAAUCAAGGCACCAUGGAUUGAGAGUGAUCAGUGAUAAGCAAUUAUUAAAUGAUGGCCCAUCCCCAGUAACUGUGUCCAUAGCCACCUUCACAGUCUCUUCCCUAUCAGCCUAGCUGGCGUGGGAUAAUAGGAAUUAAUGGCAGUUCGGUGACCAGGAAAUAAUAUUUGGUAAAAGUGAAGGAAUUUUGCAGAAGCAAUUAAGAAUCCUAAUCAGUGGACCUUAUAUUAAUCAAGGGGAGACUAUGGAGGGUGGCUGGGAAUUAAUUAGAUGGAUCCUCUAAAAUAGUCUAGAGGUCGGACACAGACAAGGUCAGGGAAUUCUAGAUACAGAGAGAGUCUCCUGCUGAUGUUGAAGUGAAUCGCUCCACUUAGUGAGAAGGCUAGGUGGCUACUAUGAAAGAGUGGCCUUUAGGAGCUGAUGUGUCCCUUAGCUGUCAGCUGGACAGAAAAUGAGCCACUUGGUUCUAGAUCCUUGAAGACAGAAGCCUCGCAAGAGUUAAGGGACUCAGAAGGACGUUCCAUAUCCUAAAUGGGAAUGCAGCCCCAAAAAGCAAGUGAUAACACAUAGACCUGUGAGAUGAAGAGCAGCUACUCUGUGGCAAGACUUCUAAUCUCAGAAGGUCUGGCAUAAUGAAUAUAUGGAGUCCUCAAAGUUGAUCAUAUGUGACAUCCGUUGACAAAUGUCACCAUCAAAAACACAGUGGAAAAAAAUUGUUUUAUCGUAUAGCAUACAAGUCUCAUUGGUCCAUGCACAUCAGGUUAUGUCAACGCUGGAAGAAAGAUGUUUAAUAGAAUAUGUAAUAGAUACUUUUUUUCUAAAAAAAUUAAAAUUAAGACUUCGUUGCAUUGAGGACAUUAUAGCCUUUUGCCUUUCAAUAGUGUGUUUUGAACUGUGUGAUCUAUUUGCAUGUGUGCUGGAAUGUAAAGACUCUUCACUCAGUAAACCUGAGUGUGGAAGUUUAGAAUGAAUGUGCAUAGCUUAGGCUGCCGUGUUGGAUUCUGCCCUCCCGUAAGCGUCUGGAGAGCAGGGUUUCUGUCUGGGAUGCUCUACUGUCUCCUGGCUGGCCUCUUGCAGUCAGCCCUUCCUUUGCACAUGCUUCAGUCUGUAAAAAGAAGGUGCUCCUGCUUACACCAGCUCCUUCACAGGACUGCCUGAAUCUCCAGUGACAGUGGCUGGGAGGGAGCUCUGCGACAUCACAGAGCUCAGGUUAUCUCCAGGUCGUCUUCCAUAGCUUGGCCUUACAGCGUGCUUAGAAUUCUAGAGAUGUCAGCUUGGAAAAAGAAGAAAGCAGUUUUGGGUUUUAACAAUUACGUUCAUGCAAAACAUCUUUUCUUUUUCCUGGACCGCGAAGAUGAAAACAUUUGAAGAGUGUUCUCUUCCCUGCAUUUUAUGCUUAACCCUCAGACUGACAUCCACAGGAUCUGGAACCACUGACGAUCACAGGAGACCAAACCACUCCUAUGACAAGUAUACAUUGAAAUAGUUUUUUUUUUAAAGCGUCCUUUUUAGUUUUAAAAGCACAGAAGGCAUCAUUUUAUGUUACAUAAAGUAACUAUAUAAAUCGCAUUAGUUUUGACUUCUGUGGGAAUUAAAUGAAAGGUUUCCCUGGAGUAUGAUAGCUUUGUUGUCCAACAGCACUUUUGAUUUAAGAAAUCUCUUUUGAUUUAACAAAUUUUGAAUGGGUCUCCUUUGUACACCAAACUUUUCUUCUAACUCAUAGAGACCAUGACUGAUGUCCUGUUAGCUUGAAUCAUCUGUGCAGUCUCACUGGCUAUUGAUUCAACUAGAAACCAAGCUGAUUCCGUCUUACUUUUUGUGGUGGUCACUGAAUGACUCAUUCACUCAUUAUUCAUUCAUUAAUAAAUAUUUUUUCUUUUCUGUUUAUUGUGGUCUUUGGUCUAUGUGUGAUCAUGAUUUUUUUGGGGGGCGGUGGGGGGAGUGGUGGACAAGAAUAUAUGGAUCACAGAUAAAGUCAGUUUUAAUUAGUUUUAGGUUUUAAAGGAUGAUUUAGCUAUCUCAACUUAAUCUCGAGGUUUCAGAAAGGAAGGGCACAUGUAGAAUAUGAGAUGCUUAUGAGAAAAAUGAUGUUGACCAACACACAUGUGUCUUCACACAUGCACUCACUCACGCACACGAGCACACACAUGCAUGCACACACAACUCCUUCCUGUUCUGCACCUGUCUUUGGUGAAUUUUCAUGACUACUGUGUUGUUUACUUGAGCUUUCAAAGGGAUAAUCUUUCUCUUAAUUACCAUGUUACCAUUUGGGUCCUUCUUGCAGGUAGAUCUACAGAAGCACAGUCAGUCCUGCUCCAAGCCAGGGAGAGGACCUUGUGAUGAAAGAUAGUAUAAAGUGUGAGACAGAGAGUCAGUAUUCAUACUGGCCAAGCCAAACAGCUUGCAAUAUAUUCUCAUGCCUAGUUGCCUUUCACAGAAAGAUGUAUUAUUUCCUGUCAUCCCUGAUCACAAAAGUGAUUUGAAACUAAAUUUUAUGAAGAAAUUAUUUCGCCUUUGAGUAAUUCUCCACUGGCCUAUGGUAGUUGAGUGUGAAAUAGAGAAUGCGGUUGUCAAAGUAAAAGAAAAUGCAUUUGAUUGGCUCUGGCUUUCUGGAGUGGAGACCAGGAGAAAUAUUCUUCUCUAGGGAAGAGCACACCAACUGGUUAUCCAAUACCAAAUGGUCAGUUCUGAAAACACACACUAAUAAAAUUAUGCAGACCGAGAGGCUGUACUUAAUAGUGUGAUCACACACACACACACACACACACACACACACACACACACACACACACACACGAAGCCACAAAUUUGAAAACGGAGCAAGGCAGAGUACAUUGGAGUAUUUGGAGGGAAGGAAGGGGAAAGGAAAGGGAGAAAUUAUAUAAUUAUAAUCUCAAAGAUAAAAGAAAAAUGUUUUAAAAAAAUCACAAAGAAAAUAAGUAAAAGAAAAAGAUAAAUAUCUUUUGUCAUUCUUUAAACAACUGGAUCUUGUUUAAUUUUCACUCAUGUAUCUUCUGCAGGAAGUUAUAUGAACCCUCUUGCUGUGAGGAAACAUGAUGGUGGAUCAUUGUAGCUUCGGCAGCUCUGUAGUUAAGAGUUCAGCAUAGGAACUGAAUUGGUCUGCAGUCUUCCAGUAGCAAUAUCCAGCUUUUAGACAGUCAUUGUUCAGCUUCUUUGACUCACUUCUCAGUUUUACAAAACAAGUCUGGCAUAUGUUAGGUAAAGAACUAAAGUCUCCUGGACAAUCUGUGCUUAAUGCACUCUAUAGUAUCUUAUAGACGACUGUGUGCACCACCGUGCUGAAUCACCAGGGUAUCUAGAAAUACUUUCCUCUGUGCCCUGAUAGCUUUGCUCAUCAUAGGCAUGGCUAUCAGUUUUUCUCAAAUCACUCCUUAAAAAAUAUCAGUUUUCAUUUUAUCAGUUACAGAAGGGUGAACAGUGAUGGUUGGGGAAGUUGGAUUUAGAGAUAGCAGUUCUAAAUUGCUCAUUUCGAUCUCUACAAAUCUCAUAUCAUUCAUUUAAGGCAACAAAAUGUCAAUCAAAUAUGAGAGAUCAAAUGCAGAGAUUAAAGUGAACGUGGAAAGGAUGAUCAAAGAUUUAGGAUAUUUUUCCCCCCUGAAACUGGGUUUCUCUGUAUAACUCUGGCUGACCUGAAACUUGUUCUGUAGACCAGACUGGCCCUCUGCUCAGAGUCUACCUACCUUAUCCUUGUUUGUGGUGGGAUUAAAGGCAUGUUGCCCCCACUGUCUUGAUAGGGUAACAUUUUAAGGGUAGCAAGAAGUCAUAAAAUCUAGAGAUUGCCAUAAAUAUAUCCAUGUUUUAAUCCCACUAUGGAGUAGAGGUCACAUGAAAAGGAAAAGAAUUGUUAAAUGAAAAUAAUAAAUGAUUAUUGGGCGGAACACAUAAUUUAAUAACCCAGUCCUUUCCAGCUGGACUUUUGAAAAGACACACGCAAAAGGUAUCAGCUGUUAAUCACAUGGGGAUCAUAAUUAAGAUUACACUGUGAAGGCAGCCAUCAUCUCAGCCUUGAUUCUGCCAUUCUGGAGUCAUCAGUGAACAAAGUAACUCAUUAGCUUCUGAGUUACCUCAUUCACUUUUCUUCUUUCUUACUCUUGUGUUUACCUUUUAGGUCUUCCCCCCCCCCCCCCCCCCCGUGGUUCCAUGGCUUAAACACAUGCAUACCAGAACAACGCUCCACCAUUUAGCUUCAUUCCUGGCCCCAAUUAUAACAGUUUAUGAAGAGGAAAGAAUGUAGUCUCUUUUCUGAUGCCUCAGGAAAAUGGUAGAUUUUAAACACCUGUAUACUUUUGUGCUUUAUUUACCAACGGUAUUCUUAGAAAAAUAUUUCUUGAGAUCCUUCCUGCUUCCCCUCCCAUCUAGAGGAAUUGGAGAGAGGGAAAGUCAUAAUUAGAAUAUAUUGUAUGGAAAAGAAAACCAUUUUUAGUAAAAAAAAUUGAUUAGUGGUAAUUACAAAAAUAUUUUUUAUUUUUUGAGAUUUUAAUAUGAUGACAUAAUUGCUCCUUAUCUUUCUUCCUCCAAACUGUACCAUAUAUGCCUCUGUGAUCUUUUUCAAAUUCAUGGCCCCCUUUUCAAUUAAUUACCAUCUGUAUUAUUUUCACAGAUAAAAAGAUUGUGUAUGUAUCUAUGUUUCCUGUUAAAUAGAAUCAAAAGAAGAAAACAAAAAUACAAGAAAUCACAAAGCAAAUAGCCACCCAUAAUUCCCUGCUUGCAGACAUCCUUGUUUGAUGUACCCUGAUUCAUAUCUUUCAAGAAAAGCCCACAUCUGAGCUCACAAGUCAUUAUGUUCUGAAAAUUAAAUUGCACCAAAACACAUUUGUUUCAGUCUUGCUUAAGAACACAGACAGAAAGAGACACUUAUGCGUGAAUAUAGGCUCACAUUGCAGCUUCCAUAGUUACGAUAUUUCAUAAGAGAUGGAGUUACUGAAUCGUCGCCUGCUUUUGAGCGCUGUCUUGGGAGUCUGUGAAUGGCAGCAGUGGGCGAACAACUGUUAGCAACAUGGCUGUCACAGCGGGACUCCUUGGCUAGUGCGUCAGGUCUGCCAGUGAUGGAUGAGCAUUCUUGGUUUAUUGCUUUUGCUUCUUUGUUCUUCAUUUUGGUUUCCAUCACAACCUUUUGCCUGGAGACACAUGAAGCUUUCAAUAUUGUUAAAAACAAGACGGAGCCCGUCAUCAAUGGCACCAGCCCGGUCCUCCAGUACGAAAUCGAAACGGAUCCCGCCCUGACGUACGUGGAAGGAGUAUGUGUGGUGUGGUUUACGUUUGAAUUUUUAGUCCGAAUUGUUUUCUCACCCAAUAAACUUGAAUUCAUCAAAAAUCUCUUGAACAUCAUUGACUUUGUGGCCAUCCUCCCCUUCUACCUAGAGGUGGGACUCAGCGGGCUGUCCUCCAAAGCGGCCAAAGAUGUGCUCGGCUUUCUCAGGGUGGUUAGGUUUGUGAGGAUCCUGAGAAUCUUCAAGCUCACCCGCCAUUUCGUAGGUCUGAGGGUGCUCGGACAUACUCUUCGGGCGAGCACCAACGAAUUUUUGUUGCUGAUCAUCUUCCUGGCGCUGGGAGUUUUGAUAUUCGCUACGAUGAUCUACUACGCUGAGAGAGUAGGGGCUCAGCCCAAUGACCCUUCAGCUAGUGAGCACACGCAGUUCAAAAACAUCCCCAUUGGUUUCUGGUGGGCCGUAGUGACCAUGACUACCUUAGGUUACGGGGAUAUGUACCCCCAAACAUGGUCAGGGAUGUUGGUGGGGGCCUUGUGUGCCCUGGCCGGAGUGCUGACAAUAGCCAUGCCUGUGCCUGUCAUUGUCAACAAUUUUGGAAUGUACUACUCCUUGGCAAUGGCGAAGCAGAAACUUCCAAGAAAGAGAAAGAAGCAUAUUCCUCCUGCCCCUCUGGCAAGCUCGCCUACAUUUUGCAAGACAGAAUUGAACAUGGCUUGCAACAGUACCCAGAGUGACACAUGUCUGGGCAAAGAAAACCGGCUUCUGGAACAUAACAGAUCAGUGUUAUCAGGUGACGACAGUACAGGAAGUGAGCCGCCAUUAUCACCUCCAGAAAGGCUCCCUAUCAGACGCUCUAGUACCAGAGACAAAAACAGAAGAGGGGAAACGUGUUUCCUGUUGACGACAGGUGAUUACACGUGCGCUUCUGAUGGAGGAAUCAGGAAAGGAUAUGAAAAAUCCCGAAGCUUAAACAACAUAGCGGGCUUGGCAGGCAAUGCUCUGAGACUCUCUCCAGUAACGUCCCCCUACAACUCUCCGUGUCCUCUGAGGCGCUCUCGGUCUCCCAUCCCAUCUAUCUUGUAAACCAAACUGCAUCAAUCGGCUAAAUUCUAUCAAUACAACCAACUACUGUUUACCCUGUAAUGGAAACAAUCAACUGUAGAGUUUCUCCAGGCUCCAUUAGUAACAGUGUAGCUCCUGCAUGAUAUUACUAUUUGAAGUCAGAAAUGCUACGCAAGUAGCUAAAACAUCUUAUCCUGGCUUUAAAGAUGAUCUAAAGUAGUGCUACUACUCAAGACAAGUUGCCCCAGUUUCCUUUUGCAAUACAGUGACCAAUAGUGUCAGAUAUUGGCCAGUGCACUAAUGCAUAAGCCAUAUCUUCAGGGAGACUUUAAUAGUGUGCUUCUAAAUGCCAGCCACCUUUCUGGACCUUCAUUUCUUGUGACUCCAAACCAUUCUGAAGAUGUCUGGGAUCCUAUCUAGAUCGCAUAGGACAUGACUUUGGUCAGUUCAUUGGCAUGGACCAUCUUGUCUGUAUCACCUGAAUACAAUGUUGUAGAGUCCUGGGACUGGAUGGCUCAGGAUACAUGUACUUGCUUCAAACCAUCCUGCAAAUGUGAAAUCGCUGGGAGCCUGUUCUGCAUGUUGAAUUGUGGGGCAGGGAGGGGUGCCUUUCUCCUUGCUAUUCCCCACCCCUUCUUUGAUAGAAGUAUUUACUUUAAAUACCUUAAUUUUUCGAUUGAUUUCUUUUUUUUUUUUUAUAAAAAACAAACAAAUGCUGUAUUGGUGUUCUGAAUGUUUUUGGUUGUUUGUAUACACAGAUAACUGCAAAGAGGUUGUCAUUACUGGUUACACGCAAGCCGAGGCCAGAUCUCUUACUUAAUGACUUGGGGAAGGCACAAAACAUGAAAGAAAGGUAACAGCUAACCAGGCUUGCAUUGUUUAGCCAAGAAUCGCUGCUUGGUACUAGAGCCAUUCCCCCCCCCCCCCUUUAAGUCCUAGAAUUUGUCAUUAUUUUUAGAGGUAGAGUGCCAAAUAUUACCCAAAGCUUUUGUCUUUUUUUUUCUUGCCUCUUUAUUUUUAUUUAUUAUUUUGUGUGAACAUUAAAAGUUACUGGUGUUCACCGGAGGCUUUUUUGACUAGCCUUAAGAUUUGCAUCAAAGGACUAACCAGAAUUUUCAGGCUGUGUUUAAUCAGGUGCUUCGUCCCGUGUGUUGUCUCCAUCUGUCUGUCUUAGCUCCCUGUCUUAACUCUAUAUGCUGUCUCCAUAGAGGGUAGACGUGCCCUGAUUGUCUCUUUGAACUCCCUACCUCCUACCCAUGUCUUCUUGUAUGCAAAACUAAUGAUGCUGUGUAGACUACCUAGAUUAAUAGGCACUGUGAAUAUUUUUUUCCAUGAGCAGGACCGAAGCAGCAAUUCACCAUAGUUCUCUGUUCCUUAUGGCAGUGCUGGUUUCUACUGCCUAGCAAUCAGCAUUCACCAGUACGUUCCAGGAACCAUCCCUAGGGAGUCUUUUUUAUUUAUUUAUUUAUUUUCAGUCUGGAGGGAAGAUAGUCUGUUUACACAUCCCUACCAAAUGCUGUAGCAAUAGUGUAUCUGAUAUUUUGGGUAUGCGAAGGAAGGAAAAUGCCAUAAUAUAAUCUCAGCCUAGACUUUAACUUUCAAUGAAUUGAUCCUUACGCGUGUUGAUGAAUUCCUGAUUCUCAUGUUUAUUUUUGAUAGAAAGGCAAUUGUCACUUGUGUUAUUGGAUAGAGACGUGUGUUAGUCUCCAUUCCCAAGCCCUAGAGCAUGAGCUGCAUGUCAAGAGAUCUUGUACAGCAAUGCAUUUACCCAGACGUAAAUACUCGAAAUUUAGAGACUCCACGAUUCUUUUGAUAACACCAUUCGUAGAAUGCUGUGAGUACUCAGAGAUUUACGGUAAGGAAUUAACAUGCUGUCUGGUGCUGCUGUUAUUGACUGCAGUGUUGUACAGAAUUUAUCAUGGAUUUUUGACUGCUGAAAAAAAAGGACAUUGAGAUUUAGCCAUUCCAAGGAUUGUACCAGAAAACUUCUGCUACCGAAUGUAACCCGAUGUGACCCGUUUGUUUCCAGAAGAGGUCCCGCAUCUUAUGAGGCAUUUAAAGCUUAUAAAAGGGACUGUGGCUGGAACUGAGAUGGUGCUCGCCAUGGGAAUAUUCUGCUUGUCGACAGACCUGAGUCCACGGAACAGCUGUAAAUACCAACCGUGUGCAUGGACCUGCCCACUCUCACCGUCUCAUAGACAGUGAGACGCCACAGACAUCAGACGGUGAGACGUCAGACGGUGAGACGCCACAUUCAUGGUCAGCGUCUGUGGGGCUUCAAGGAAUGCCCGCAAGGCUCUGAAUGGCUCCUCUCAGGCUCACGGUGGUUUUGGAGUGAAUUACAGAGGGCAGUGAAUCCGAUGUAGUAUAGGUCUGUUUUCAUUUCUCUUAUUUGUACAUUACGUGUUGGAUAUCCAAACACUGAUUGCCUCAUUUUCUUGCAAACCGCUUAUAGAUCAGCGUGUCGACUGUGUUGUAAACUUCUAGUGUCUACAUAGAAAUCUAACCAUUUCUUGGUCACGUGUUCAUUUAGUUCUGGAAGGCUGUUACUAUCUAGAAGAAAGUCAUCAACAGUGUUCAUAGUUUUAAGUCUUUUGUCCUUGUUACCUCAAUUAUAAAUAUUAAAAAGUAUAAAUUCUGGCAAUGAGAAUAUUUUUUUAUUAAAUGAUUAAGGAAAAUGUCAGUAUAUAGUAGAAUAUUAUCAAAUUAUAUCCUAAAAUGUCUAUUUUGCAUAAAAGAGAUAUUCUUCAACCAAUUACUUUUUUUUUUUGUGAGCUUUGUGGCUAACGAAGCGUGCAUUUGUCCUUAUCACUGCUGUAGUUGAAACUGUAUAAGAGUUUUUCAUCUUGCUUAAUCAAUAUUUCCAGAAUCUAAUAGUUCCCCUGGGAUUCUGAAUAUACUAUAUAGCCUAACUAUAACCCCCCUGUAUCGUGUACCUUUUGUGACCAUCUCAAGGUGCAUGCCUAACCUUCUGAUAAGCCAAUGGACAUGUUACUAACUGAAGUGAAGAAUAAAAGUCAACUGAUCUGGGGAUAGACUUGAAUCCUAUGUGAUUAAAUGAUUCAUACCCUU